AUGGUUGACUCUCUGAUAUGGGGUUUUCAUCCUUCUGGUCUUAUUUUUGUCAAAUCUGCAUAUCAUCUAGCCUCUUCUUCUGCCUCCAUUGACUCACCUCCCUCCUCUAAUCCGAACCCUUUUCAGCAGUGGUGGAAAGCUCUCUGGACGCUUCCCGUUCCCCCUAAAAUCAAGCAUUUCACUUGGAAAGCUUUCAACCAUAUUUUACCUUGUGCCUUAAAUUUGUUUCAUAAAAAAAUUCUCCCGCAGCCAUCUUGUUCAGUUUGUGGUAGUAAUAUGGAAUCUGUCACACAUGCCCUUGUGGAUUGCCCCAGAGCAAGAAACAUUUGGAAGCUUUCAAGAUUCAAAAUUUUUUACCAUGAUCACCGAAGAACAGACAUCCAUGAAUUUUAUCUCCAAGCAAUGCAACUCAUCUCAAAGCAUGAUUUCUCUCUUUUUGAUUACAAUGAGGCCCAACAAAACAAUCGUGUUGGUCAUUCGGUUCUAGCCUCUAAUCAGCUCACACACUAUUCCCAAUUGUUUUCAGUAGACGACUUUCAUGAGGACUCCCCGGCUCUUUUUGUUGACGCAGCUUUAGACCAUAAGCAUGGCUUAACGGGGAUUGGUUUCAUUUUCAAGAUUGGUCAUCAUCAGAUUAUUGCUUCGGAAAAUCGUCUCUUGCCUGGUGCAUCCACUCCUAUUUUUGCAGAGGUUUCAAAAGUUAAUGGUGAUUGGCAGGACCACUCCACUCUUUCUGGUCUUGUUUCUCAGAUCAGGCUGUUCUUCUCCAACUUCUCUGAUGCCUCCUUGAAGUACUUACCUCGCCAGUUCAACACAGCUGCCCAUUCUCUUGCCAAGGAUGCUAUAAGGUUGCGUGAAGAAGGCCAUGAGGGAUUAUUCUAA